AUGGCGGUGAGCCGGGCGCUCGGGCUCCGUCUGGCCUACGCGGCGGCAGGCGCCCUCAUGGGCCUCUCGGCCUUCCUCACCUGGAGCCUGGCGCCGGCCUUCCGCCAGCCCGCCACGGCUGCCGCGGGGGGGCUCUCCGGUGUUCUGGCGCUCUGGGCCCUAAUCACGCAUGUGAUGUAUGUGCAGGAUUACUGGAGGACCUGGUUAAAAGGGCUGAGGUUCUUCCUCUUCAUCGGGAUCCUCUUCUCUGCUCUCUCCGUGGUGGCAUUUUGCACAUUCCUUGUUCUGGCCAUCACCAAGCACCAGUCCCUGACUGACCCCAGCAGCUACUACCUGUCGUGUGUCUGGAGUUUCAUCUCCCUGAAAUGGGCCUUCCUGCUCAGCUUAUACUCACACCGGUACAGGAAUGAGUUUGCAGACAUCAGCAUCCUCAGUGACUUCUGAAGCUUGGACUUAAUUCUGUCGGAAGCUGCUAAUGUUUGACUGGGCUUUUGGAGCCGUGCACUGGAAGGAGGCUGCGAAGAGGCAAAGAGUAGGAGCCAGCCCAGCUCUGCAUGACUUGUCUGUCUGCAGUAGGGGUUUUCCCUAAUUGCUUUUAUUCAACCACUUAAUUUGGCUAAUUAUGUCAAUUUAGUGUUUUUGUUACCCUCCAGGAAGUCCGUGUGUCUGGCAAUGAGUCAAGAAGUUCCAUGCACUCACAUGCAGCAGGCCUCAAUUUGCUAUCUGCAUUGCUCUGCUGUUAUCGUAGACCAGUGACUUUCAAACAGGAAAGUUGCAGAUUAGCCUGUGGAUGCAGCACCUGGUUAAGAACUGGGUAUCUUUCUCUUAGCCAGUGAUUCACCAGCCUGCUCGUGGGGGUGGCCGGGGUUGCUUAGCAGAGGACCAUGCCCUGGGAAGGGAUGUUUUUAUUCUCACAGGGUGGUUUGAGCAGGGGGUGCAUGUUCUUUCCCAGCACUAAGGAGGACAAACCCAUCAGUACCUCCACGCCAGGCCUCCAAACCUUCAGCAUUUCAUUGUGCUGCUUCAUGUAAACAGUAGGGCUAAGAAUAAGCCAUGGUGCUGGCUCCACCCUGCUGUUUAGAGCACAUGCAUCCCCUUGUGCAGGCCAGAAACAAGAAGUCAGCAAUGCAGUGUCAGUUGUCUCAAACAGAGGUCACUGAUAGGGGAAUCCAGUGCUGGAGAGAAUCAGUGCUAGCUGAGCAUUGCACCCUGUUACAUUGUGCUGCCUGUUAAUCCAGGAUCAUUCUCAAAGGAAACCAUUUUAUUACAGCACUUAAGAGAGAGAUGUAGCAAGUGACAUCUGACCUGUGGGUAGUGGGUGCCCUGGGCAAGGGUCUGGGCUGUUUGAGUCUCAGAAGGGUUGUGAAUGUGUGUGAUUCAUUGUUUUAAAGCAGUCUAUCUCUUAAUGGCCGUGAAGCGUUUGGAGGGCAUUGUGUGUGCUUCUGUUCCUGUAAUGAUUUUUGUUCUGUUCCACUGUAAACCUAAUUCUGACCUACCACUAUGGAUCAUUAGUGCUGAGUGGCUCCAGCUAGCAUGGGGGAGAGACGCAAGAGAUCAGCACAUCUGUGUGUCCUGCAAAGGCCAGACUAGCUGUAGAUUGCUGGCUGCCACUCGGUGGAGGUGGCUUCUUCCUGCUGGAGCCUGAUGUGUAGGUCAUAUAAGUCACUAGCAGUUUGCCUGGGUUACUAAAGUUCUACAAACGUAUGCUCUUGAGCAUAAGAUGGGCCCCCACUCACCUACGGCUGGAUGAAAUUGCUGAUGGCAAAUGGGUUGCAGGAGCACAGCAGAGGAGACCAGGUGACGAAGCUACCCUGGCUCUCCUCCAAGUUUGAAAAAUACAUUGGAAUGUACCCAGUAGGCAGCUUGAGCAGAUCUCCAUGGCAAGUGUCACCAGCGUAAUGCACUGAAUCGGUGCCCUAUGGUAGGUCUGAACUUCACGGGACCUGCUAUGGGAGAAGUCACACUGAGUGCUCCUCCCCCUCUGCUCGGGGAAGGCUCUAGCACUGAGAUUUUGCAGUGUCAGCUCUUCUCUGACACUUGGACACUCUGAGUAGGUUUAAUGCUCUUUCACCCUUGUGUUUGAUCCUUGUUAAUAUUCACCCUGCGAAGCUUCACACUGCAGGCUGUUGCUUUCUUUCCUUCAGUUUCUUAUGCAUACACUUUCCGUUCAGGGCGGCUCUUGGCAUGAUUUGCUGGAAGUGUCUCAUCAGCAAGGGGCAGUUGGCAUUUCUGUUUUAAUAAAUUAAAAAAGCAGUUGUGUGUGAUUUUUCUUUUGUGCAGGUGGAUGGGGCAGAGGCAGUAGGAACUCCAGGCCCUGGCAGAUUGAGAGGUGUCAGGGAACUGGGCUGGUGGGACUGGACUGCUCCAUUACAUGUACAUGGUCACAGGUCCAGUUGUAAAGUCACUUCUGUAUAUAUACUACUGAAAAAGUCUCCUGAAACAUAGGGACAAAGAUCUCCUAGGCAAUCCAUAGAAUGUAAAGCACAGAGGAAACUGCAUCAGGUGCAGUGACUAGGCAGUGAAGUAGGUGUGCUGGGGCCUAACUGUUUGUGUUGUCAGGCUUCUGUGUCUUAAAGCAGAGUGGAAUCUUUGUGCUGACAUCUGUGCAGUUGUCCACUGGGGAGUAGCAUGCAGUGUUCAGUGUAGGCCUUGAACCUCCCCAUCCACAGCCCAUGCUGUCCUGUGCUUGGUUUGGAAGAUCAGUAAUUUGAACACAUGGCUGGAUUUAAUUAUUUUUGUUAAAGGGAUUUUCAGUCUUUGAGAUUCAUUAAAUAUAAACUUCCUUCUGUUUAUAGGACAGGGACCCUGACAAUUAAUAUCAGCCCCAGAGCAGCUUCCAGGGAAAAGCAAGGAGUGAAGGCUCAGACUGCAGCCAACACCUCCCAGGGCAGCAAAUGCUGGUGAGACAGGGCCACUAGAAAUCCUCAGAGACCUGCAGGAAUCUCCAGUGCUGAGCAGAAACUGCAGCUCUGAUCCAUUAUAGAGAUUAAUAGUUAGGCUCAGAAUUACUGAAAUGCCCCCUAGAGGUGAUGUUGGCAGAAGGCAGCGUGAGACCCCUGACUGGGUGAAAUGGGUGUCCCUGCCCUCAUGAGCAAAUCUGUGACAAGGCGGGAAGGAGGCUGCCUGUGGAUUUGAGUGUUUUAAACUGUGGUAGCUUUAAUCCUUCACCUAAAAGCUCACGUUGUCCUGCUCCUGGGAGGGAUCCUGAACAGUAAAAGCUACUGACUCAAACUCAGAGGUUCAUCUUGGCCCUAAUGUUACUCUAAAGGUGGAACUAUGUCUCCAUUCGCUUACUAAAUUACCUGGGUAGAUGGACUCCCCUCAGGUUUAUACCCAAAAGGUCCACAGCAGCUCACCCUGGAGGAUGUUGGGGGCUUUUUUUGAGUGACAGUAACUUUGCUUACAAACAACCCACUUACUCAACCCCAGUCUUCGCUCCACCACGUUUGCUGUAGAAUUUGUAGUCAUGUCACAGCUUUUUAAAAAAAAAAAGUGUAUGUAAAUAUAUAAUAUAUUUUUACAUUAUAUUCAUGCUUUGUUUGCACGCUCAGUAAGAAUUGGGUCAUGUAGCAGGAGUGUAAUUCAUGGGGCAGGGUUUACUUCCAUGUAUCCCAGUGUGUGUCUGACAUUGUAUUAACCACACUGUAAUUUGUGUGUGACACCAUAGUAAGAACAGAAAUACAGUAUUCUUUCUCACCAAACCAGA